AUGACUUCCUCUAAUUUUUUAUCAAUGUUCCCUGUUACUUAUACAUUCGAAAACGGAGUCUAUUCUACUAUUAUCAAUCAGAAUCCGAAUGUUCAGAAUGGAGGAGGAGGAUUGAAUAAUUUGGAGAAUGAUGUGCAGAAGUUGAUGGUGCCUCUAAUUGAACCCCAACUUCAUCUUCAACAACCUUCAUCUCUAAUUCAACCACAACUUCAAAUCCAACAUCAACACCAACUCCCAAGCUCCUCCAUUUCUCAAACCAAUUCUUCAAAUUCCACCAAAAAAUAUGUGAACCCAUUUGCCCCUGAAGCUACAGUACCUCUACCAAUCGAGUUGGAAGAUCAAUUCGGACCGUAUAGUUCAUCUGUCUGGAAACGAAACGAGCGGGAGAGGUGUCGUGUCAAAAAUGUAAAUGAUGGAUACGAGAGACUUCGGAAACAUUUGCCGAUUCAUUUCGAUGAAAAACGAAUCUCAAAAGUGGACACUCUUCGUCUGGCGAUUCGUUACAUUCGUCAUCUGGAUAACCUGCUGAAAAAUCAUUUGCAUCAGUACAAUUGUAAAUGUUUCAAUGGAUUUCAGGAGGAGUCCGAGGGCAAUAUUUCAAUCGAUAUAUCCACGUUUAGCUUCAACUCGGCUCAUAAUAAUAAUAUGAUGUGA